GAGCGUUCAACGCAAUAUUUAGUCCUCGAUACGUCUAAGCCUGCUUGAUUCACUAGACGUGAUUAGCUGACUCUUCGAAGCAAUUUGCACGCGAAUCUGUAACGGCGGUGGGAUCACGGAGCGGCAUGUCUACCAGCCACUCCAUCACUCCUAGUCCUCGCCUUGACAAAGCAUACGCGGGCCAAAGAAGCGGUUUCUAUUUCCUCUCUUCCCAGCUCGUAGAUUGGUGCCUAGCUAUUUGCUUCGCGAAAUAGGCAGGCUUUGUCUUGGGUGACGCCGGCGCCGUCACCUUAGCUGGUUUUGAUAGUGCCGCGAGUCGGUUACCGCCACCUUGUACUUUCAGUAUAUCAUGUUAGGCCCCUCAAGAGCCUAUCUUACGGUAUAUACGAAGGCAUUCAAGAGAAUGGGCUUGCUUCCACUCCCUCACGAACUGUUGGCCUUCGCACAAACGCCGUAGCGAUGUCGGACUUCGAUGUUACGUUCCAUCGAGCCAUGUUCAACGCCGCCGUAGUCAACCUUUCUGUCUCAGUAUUGGUCGCAUACGAAUACGCUGUCACAAUUCCGCAGGAGAUUGAGACCAUAUGGAAAAGAAGAAAGAACGUAACCUCUUUCCUUCUGUUAAUGAUCCGGUGGACCAUGGUUAUUCUGGCAAUCGGCCUAGAGAGUUGAAUUGGCGAUGCUGAAAUUGCUGAUUGUGCAGGCGUGCUCCAUAAGGCUAAGGAUCGAAACUUAUGCUUCGAUACUUGGUUGGGCCGAAGUGGACCUUUUCAUCGCACUCAGAAUAUCUGCGGUCUGGGGUUACAGCCGCUCGCUGUUUGUCAUUGUCUUUAUAUUAGGUGUCACACCGGUUAUCACCAACUCAAUGUCUGCGUCAAUUACCCUACCUGCAUAUUCGCCCGAUGUGUCCGGAUGUUUCGUCACGCUCACUCGCAGCAUAUCUGACUUCAAACGCAAAUAUGCCAUGUGCGCUUAUCUGACGCGGAGCAUGCUCAUACUUCAAGAUGUCGUUGUGCUCGCCGCAACGUGGAUAAAAACGUCGCAACAAUUUAGAAUUGCCCGGCGAAGCAACCUUGCCAUCUCGUUGUCGAUGUGUCUUCUUCGUGAUGGAACUGCAUACUUCGUCGUACUUCUCAUCCUUAACGCCACUCAGAUGGCUAUCUUCGCCUCAGAGGGCGAACAGCUGAGCGCCUUGCUCUCCGUGAUGCCCCUCAUCCUCACGAACCGCUUCAUGAUGAACCUGCGCAAGCUCGGCAGCCGCAUCAAUGAGGAUACCGAGGCGCAACAGUGGUCGCAGUUCUCGAGUGUGGCUUUCAACCCAGCGACGACCGCGCUUGUCGGAAAUAUCGGCGAGUGCUUGGACCUUAGCAACGACUCCUCGGACGGAUUCGGGCACCGCGAGUGGUAUGAGCUCGACGAGGUCGAGUCCAGCUCGGACGACAGCACACUCGAGAUCGGAUUCUCGAGCACCGGCGCGGUGUACGAAGGCGCAUCCGCCGCGUGAAGGGCACCUGCAUGGAAUCUGUAUCAGUACUAGCAGCGAGGCCGCUGCCUGUAUGGGCGAUAUAGAUAACUUGCGAUAGAUCAGCCCAAUCCCGUAGUCAUAUUGUAUCGAUAGCACUCACUCUCCCUGUAUCACACCGGACAGCAUGUGGCUUUUGGCGCGCAGAGCGCGAAUAUCUAUUCACUU